AAACGUAAUGCAUGUAUCUGUCCCUAGUAUUAGUAAGAGAGUGUGUAUUUUCACGCGCCACCGCUAUCUAUCAUGGUGCAGCACCGCUUCCUCCUCAUAACCUACCCCAUACAAGGCCACAUAAACCCCUCCAUCCAGUUCGCCAAGCGACUCGUUUCCAUGGGCGUCCACGUCACCUUCGCCACCAGCCUCUACCUCCACCGUCGCAUGCUCAAAAAGCCCACCAUCCCCGGCCUCUCCUUCGCCACCUUCUCCGACGGCUAUGACGACGGUUACAAAGCCACCGACGACUCCUCCCUCUCCUCCUACAUGUCCGAGUUGAAGCGCCGCGGCUCAGAGUUCCUCAGAAACAUAAUUACCGCCGCUAAACAAGAAGGGCAACCUUUCACAUGCUUAGCCUACACCAUCCUGCUUCCCUGGGCUGCAAAGGUGGCGCGUGAGCUUCACAUUCCGGGGGCUCUUCUGUGGAUUCAAGCCGCCACUGUUUUUGACAUCUACUAUUACUACUUCCACGAAUACGGGGACUCCUUUAACUACAAAUCAGACCCCACCAUAGAGUUACCGGGUUUGCCAUUCUCUCUCACAGCACGUGACGUUCCUUCCUUCCUCUUACCCUCCAAUAUCUAUAGAUUUGCUCUUCCAACCCUCCAAGAACAGUUUCAGGAUCUUGACGACGAAACCAACCCGAUAAUCCUCGUGAACACCUUUCAGGACUUGGAACCCGAUGCCUUGAGAGCGGUUGAUAAGUUCACCAUGAUACCAAUUGGGCCGUUGAAUAUUCCCUCUGCUUUCUUGGACGGUAAAGAUCCCGCGGAUACUUCGUAUGGCGGUGAUCUCUUCGAUGCUUCAAAUGAUUACGUUGAAUGGUUGGACUCACAGCCUGAGUUAUCUGUGGUUUAUGUUUCAUUUGGUACCCUUGCUGUGUUGGCUGAUAGACAGAUGAAGGAGCUUGCACGCGCGCUGCUAGAUUCCGGAUAUCUCUUCUUGUGGGUCAUUAGAGAUAUGCAAGGAAUAGAAGAUAACUGCAGAGAGGAACUGGAGCAGAGGGGUAAGAUUGUGAAAUGGUGUUCUCAGGUGGAGGUUCUGUCGCAUGGUUCCUUGGGUUGUUUUGUAACGCAUUGUGGAUGGAAUUCGACUAUGGAAAGUUUGGGUUCGGGGGUUCCUAUGGUGGCGUUUCCGCAGUGGACAGACCAAGGGACGAAUGCAAAGAUGGUGCAAGAUGUGUGGAAGACGGGGGUGAGGGUGGAUGAUAAGGUGAAUGUUGAGGAAGGGAUAGUGGAAGCAGAGGAGAUUAGGAAGUGUUUGGAUGUGGUCAUGGGGAGUGGAGGAAAAGGACAGGAAUUCAGAAGGAAUGCUGAUAAAUGGAAAUGCUUGGCCAGGGAAGCCGUCACGGAAGGAGGCUCUUCGGAUAGUAAUAUGAGGACUUUUCUCCAUGAUGUUGCAAAAUUUGGACAUGAUUGUUUUAUGUAAUGCAACACUUUAAUUCUUGUUUGGUAGUUAUAAAGAAAAAAUGAAUUUGGAUAAGAAAACUAUAUGCUUCGUGUCAGUGAGUAAGGCAGAAGAAUAAAAGAGUGAAGUGUGCUUUAGUCUUUUUAGGUAUAUUUGAACAUCCUAAAUAGUAAAUAAAAAAUAUAAAUAGUAUACAUAAUAUGAUGGGGAAAAAAUAAAAAAUAAAAAGUUGAUGAAAUAUUCAAAAUAA